CGAGGUGUGAGGAACUGAAAACGGCUCUUCGCGCGGCCCGAUAAAAAAGCCACUGCAUCCAGUUUGUAUAACAAAUAGACAGACGUUUCCGCUUGUGUAUUUACUCGGUAAUGUCGGCAGCAACAUCAGUGGAAACGAAACGGACUGUUGGCAUAUGCUGUCGUCUUGUAAAAAGGUGUAGUGGUCUUCAUGGCGGCCAGCAGCGUGGUUCCUGGGGACAAUCUGCCCGUGUAUAAGCUGGUGGUGGUGGGCGACGGUGGCGUGGGCAAGAGCGCACUCACUAUCCAGUUUUUCCAGAAGAUCUUCGUGCCUGAUUACGACCCCACCAUUGAGGACUCGUACCUCAAGCACACCGAGAUUGACGGCCAGUGGGCCAUUCUGGACGUUCUGGACACGGCGGGACAGGAGGAGUUCAGUGCGAUGAGAGAGCAGUACAUGAGGACUGGAGACGGUUUCCUCAUCGUCUUCUCUGUCACUGAUAAAGCCAGCUUUGAACAUGUGGACCGUUUCCAUCAGCUCAUCCUCAGAGUCAAAGACAGAGAGUCGUUUCCUAUGGUUCUGGUGGCCAAUAAAGUGGACCUGGUGCAUUUACGCAAGAUCACAAGUGAGCAGGGUCGAGAGAUGGCCUCCAAACACAGCAUCACGUAUAUCGAGACGAGUGCGAAAGAUCCACCAAUGAAUGUAGACAAAGCCUUUCACGAGCUGGUCAGAGUCAUACGUCAGCAGAUCCCGGAACGGGGCCUGAAGAAAAAGCGGAAAGGCAAAUGGCGAGCGGACAGACCUUCGGCUUCCCAGAGGCUGCACUGCGUCUUACUGUGAGCGCAAACCCUCUAUCUCUGGGCGUCAACGCCGCGAUGACCACAUCCUGACUGUUAAAACAUACACACACAAACACACACCAUAAUAUCCAGGAAGUAGAGAAAACACAGCCUGAGCGUUCCACUAAUUUACGACAUUUUUUCAAAAUUCGAAAAAAAAAGUGGAUUUUCAGGCCGUUUUAGUUGGAUUUUCUUGAUCCGUCAGGAUUCUUGCGCUGUUCACUCUCGUAUCCUCUCAGAGAACAAUUCAGAGAUACACUUUCUGAGGCCUUGUUUUGUAUAGUGUUUCUAUAUAUUUAUUGUGCCGAUUUCUAUAUUGUUACGUGAUUGUUAAUUCAGCGAAAAAGGCUUCGGAAUAAUCUGUAUGGAUCAGAAAUGCACAACUGGUAUAUAUACACACACACACACACACACACAUCUGUAUAUAGAUUUAGAAGAGUUUGGAAAAGGGGGCGAAGCAAAUUUUGGUUACCAUAGAUACUACAUUGUUAUGAUUAUGCAUUACAAUAUAUUUCUAAAAUGACGCUAAAAGCUACGAAUCAAAUAAAAACUUUUGAUCCAUUUUGGCUAUUCGUUUAGACAACGUUUUAGUUAACAUUGUUAACGCUAGUUAAUAGCAUAGUCUGUAAAAGAUAUGGAUGUGGUAUCCGUGACGUCACCCAUAGGUUUCUAAAGAACGCAAAAGAAGCAGGUAGGAGUGACCACCCGUCACCAUUUUGUUCGUGCAUCAUCGCACUGAUCGGGGGAUACCAAACAUGGGCAAAGAGACAGAGCGUAAGCGGAGCUAUAGACGCCUGCUAGCAUUUUGCUUAGACAUGCUUUUCUUUGGGAGAAACGCUUAAUACUUCAUUACCUGCGACUCGUUUGUGUUCUGAUCACAUGUGCUUGGUUGUACACUAUAUCAAUAAAGUGUUUAGUCUUUUAAAAACACUGUUGCAACACAUCGAGCCAUUAAACAUUGUUCUCAUGACAUUUUUGUUCAGGAGGAAACACAAAUUACUUCCAAACACUAAAAAUAUAGUCAGCGUUAUUAAAUGCAAGACUAUUUAUGAAAUCCAGGCAUAACACUGUAUGAGAACGUUUCAGUUCUAUAGCCUACAGCUAAUCAAUCUUUUAGAUUCUGGAGUGCAUUACAGAUCUAAAGAAAAUUCUAAAUGAUCUUGAAUAGAACAAAUACAUUUAUAGAUAUGAUAUAUAAGUAUAUAAUUUCACGCACCUGGGAAAUGGAGGCCAUGUAAUUGGUUUGUGAGCACAAUUAAGUGCACACAGCAUGCCAUAUUAAAUAAUAAUUGUAGGAAAUAAUCCCAAAAGGCAAUUGACUGUGUAAAGCCACUUAAAACAAAACAAAAAUAAGAGGUAUAUUCAGCAUGUAAUCAGCCGGAAUCACAUGACGGCGACCAGCAAGACCUACAGUAGCUGUCACUCAAGUGGCCACGCCCUUAAUUAUGCAGACUUAAUAUAACUGAAUAAAAACUAAACAGAUGAGUUACAGAAAAAUUCACUCCACUCACAGUUGUCAUGAAGGGUAAUAUUAGCUGUAAACACCAAAACCAUUUUUUGUACCAGGCUGUAAACAUGUUUUUAUUAGCUGUAAAAUUGGCCAAUUUAGCAUUGCAGUCAGUGGACAUUAUGGAGUCAGCCCCCAAAGGAGAGUCGAUUAAUACUUCCGUAUUGGCUUCACGAGGGAGAGCGGAAGGUUGCCGCUUAGUUGAUAGCUAACGCUAUAUUGUAAAAACUGUGACUUUAUUCGCAAGUGUAUUACGUGUUCACUUUACAGUCAUGAGUGUGUACUCUACAGCCAAAAAACAAUGGAGACUAAAAGACUAUUUACAAAAGCAUAUAGUGUUUCUUUACAAAAUGACAACGCCACCUACUGGCGUGGUGUAAAUAAUACACAAUUAUUCGUUAUUUUCGCUGAAUGUAUUUACAAACAUUUGUGUUUGUAAACCAUUUUUGUGUUUAACUAUUUGUUUGUUUUGUUUUACUAUUUUUUUUACUUAACUAAAAACAAUCUUUUCUCUCUCGAUUUUCUGCUUAUAAACAAAUGGGUAACUAUGGUAACCCGGAUUGCAUUUUCUGCCACUUAACCAAACCCUCGGUUUCUGAACAUAUCUAUAAACGCUUUCAGAAGGAUUGAUGACGUUACUUAAGCUCAAAUUGACGAUAUUUAAUGUUAUUAAUCAGGAUCUGUUAGUUGAUCAUAGAUCAGGACCAUCACACUGAAAGUUUUGUACAUUUAAUGCCUGAAUUACGUUGCCAUAAAACUGAGUUGAUCAGUAAUUGCACAAAAAAUAAUGUUACAGUGUUACAUUGUCUCCGAUGCUUCUGUUAUACAGUUACAAUGUAACCUUCUACAUUGUGACAUCAUAGAACGUUUUGAUCUUGUGUUGUCGUUUUGUUUUUUCUCGUCUUGAAUGCAUCGUCACUUUACUUUGAAUGUGUUUUGGCUUGUUUUGAAGUUUUCAUCGAUGUUUUGAAUGUAUCGUUUGUUGCUCUAUUCGCCAGUUUUGCUUUUUGAUGUUUCGAAAAGGUCCAGCUUCAGUGUUUAGCAUAUUAAAAGGAACAUCGUCCAAGUAGCCGGUUCAGGCUGCCUACUUCGUUUUGUGGUUGUGAUUUUCUUACAGUAUGUGUUACUUUAAUCUUACGAAAGCAGAUCUGUUUUGUUUUAAAAACUGGACGUCCUUCUGACAUUUCUGACUUUGUUUGGAAAAACUUGGUGCAAAUUUUGUGGUUCAGUCAUUACUGGAUUUCUUUUUUAAAAUAAUUUAUUAUACAAAUUCUAUGUAUUCUGUGACCAUGUUUGUAUGAAGAUGAUUAAGGCCAAAAACUUCUCUGAAAAAGAAGGGAAUUUUUGCAUCAAGAAUAUUGUAAGAAUUUGUAAAAUGGAAUAUAAACAUAUUAUAAUAAAAAUCAAAUAAAUCAA